UUACUGUUUAAAAAAAGUGUUACAUUCUAUUCAAGAAACUUAAUAACGUGGAACUCGGCCAACAAGGAAAAUCCUUGACGAGAAGAUCUGUCGAGCGAAAGAACUAUACCAUGGAGCUUUUGAUAACUUUCUUGUACGCUUCCCUGAGCAUUAUCAUUACUUUCGCCAAUCUGCUUGUGAUCCUCUCCGUUUAUUCGACGCGCGCUCUGCGAAAGGUCACCAAUUAUUCUCUGGUUUCGUUGGCGUUCGCUGAUCUUGCUGUUGGUGUGGUUGUUCUACCUGUAAGGAUACACGAAGCACAAGACCCUCACAAGUCGCAAGAUUUUAGUUGGUGCCAAUUUUCACUGAGUCUAACAUUGCUCAGUUUGUCUGCUUCUGUGUUGAAUCUUUUAAUUGUUACUGUGGAGCGUUACUUUGCUAUAAUUCUGCCUCUUACUUACUCUACUAAAUUUACCGCUCGACGAAUUUUUUUCGCAAUAAUCCUCGUCUGGUUUAUUGCAAUCUUAGCUUCGUUCUUGCCGUUCGUUACUUUGGGGAACAUGGCAGCUCGAGAGCGCAGCCGAGAGCACAAGGUCUGUCGAUUUGCAGAUACAAUGAGCCCGGAAUAUUUGACAGCUUUUUCAGCUGCCAUCGUUUUAAUUCCAACUUUGUUUAUCACAGCCGCCUAUUUGAAAAUUUACCAGGCAGCGGUCAAGCUGGGAAGAAGACUGAAAGCAUUACGUGUGCAGCGGGAUCCAGAUCGUAAUAUUGCGAAGGUGUUAAAGGAAUCUAAAGCCGCUAGAACAGUUGGAAUUGUGGUCGGAGUAUUUUAUCUGUGCUGGAUUCCUUUUAUGGUGGCAGUCAUUUUGAGCGCAUUCGUCGAAAAUUUGAUCACCCCAGUUGUAGUUCUGGUCAUUUCUGUUCUUAUCUAUAGCAAUUCCGCCAUCAACCCAGUCCUCUAUGGUUAUCUGAAUCGCGACUUCCGGUUGGCUUACAAAAGGAUGUUUUCGAAAGUUUCCUUACCAAAAGCAUGCGCAAGAGUCCGUCCUCGCGAAAGAAAUAGAUGCUAUGAGUUACCGGAGUUAUCCACGAGUUCUCAGCAAACUCAAGGGAUGUAUAUCAGUGACAGUGCCUUGUGAUUGCUUAGCGAU